CUACAAAAUUAACUCGUUCUGACCUCUUGGCUAACGAGAGAAGAGAAGAGAAGAGAAGAGAGAGAAGAGAUGGCGAUAAAGAACCUUCUUGCUCUUGUGGUUCUUCUAAGUGUCCUUGGAGUAUCAGUUGCUCAAAAGGGACUUCACCUUAAAUACUACAAACACAUGUGUCCUGACGUUGAAGCCAUUGUCCACCGUGUCACAGUUCAAUAUGUUUCUCGCCAGCCGAGUCUUGCUGCCGCGCUUCUAAGGUUGCAUUUUCAUGAUUGUUUCGUCAGAGGAUGUGAUGGUUCCGUUCUUCUAAGAUCUCGAGACAAUGAUGCGGAAAUAAACGCUCUCCCCAGCCUGUCCCUUAGAGGCUUUGAAGUGGUCGAUGCCGUCAAGUCAGCGGUCGAGAAGAAAUGUCCCGGAGUGGUUUCUUGCGCUGAUAUUCUCGCCUUAGUGGCGAGAGACGCCGUCUCAGUGAUCAACGGACCAAGUUGGCCAGUUCCAUUGGGUCGGAGGGAUGGUCGCAUCUCAAGACGUUCCGAGGUUAACUUACCUUCGCCUUUCGCUAGAAUAGCUGCCCUGAAACAGGGCUUCUUCGCCAAGGGUCUUAACACUACAGACCUCGUCGUUCUCUCAGGAGGUCACACCAUUGGAAUCUCUAAUUGCGGUCUCAUCAACAAGCGUAUCUACAACUUUACGGGCAAAGGCGAUUUUGACCCGUCGAUGAACCCGAGCUACGUCAGAAAAUUGAAGAAAAGGUGCAAGCCUAAUGAUUUUAAGACCCCAGUGGAGAUGGACCCAGGCAGUGUCAAGAAGUUCAACUCUCACUACUUCGACAGUGUGGCUCAAAAGAAGGGUUUGUUCACAUCUGACUCAACACUUCUCGAUGACCCUGAGACCAAAAGCUACAUCGAUAGACAGGUUGCUACCGCUGGCUCUUCAUUCCCCAAAGAUUUCUCCGAUUCGAUGGUCAAACUUGGUUUCGUCCAAAUUCUUACCGGGGAAAAGGGUGAGAUCAGGAAGAGAUGCGCCUUCGUUAAACCCAAAACUAAAGAGACACUCACAUUUGUUUGAAAAAUAUAUUAACUAAUUGUUU